CGCUCCAUUCCUGCCGGCUGUCGCUCGAGAUCCCAUUGAAAGCAUCGGCGCCGCUCCAGUCCACGAGUCCAAGGGCCGCCACCGCCGCUCCAGUCCACGAGUCCAAGGGCCGCCACCGCCGCUCCAUUCCCGCCGGGCGUCACCCGGUGAAGGCACCGCUGUCGCUCCAGUCCACGGGUCCACAUCCGCUCCAUUCCCGCCGGCCGCCGCUCGAGUAUCCGGUGAAGGCACCGCUGUCGCUCCAGUCAACGCUGCCUAGGGCCGCCACUGCCGCUCCAUUCCCGCCGGCUGCCACCGCUCCAGUUCUGCUGGCAUCCUCGAGUCCAAGUACCCAAGGGAAUAAUUUGGUAUGUCUCCCCAAGAUGAUAAUGAAGUAACCCAGACACUGGAAGAAUUAGCUGAAUAUGAAGAUAUAAUACAGAGGACCUUCAGUUCUGAUGAAGAAUGCUAUGAUUUUUUCAAUAAGUUUGCCAAGACAAAAGGAUUCAGUGUUAGGAAGAGCAAAGUUUGGCGCUCAAAAAUCACAGGUUGUAUAAUAAGUCGACAGUUUCUUUGCUCAAAAACUGGGGUGAGAGAUGAGAAGUAUUUCAAUUUGCCAAAUAGAAAACGGAAACAUUGGCCACUUACAAGAUUUGAAUGUCCUGUGAAGUUAGUGAUUAGAUUCAGCCGGGAGAUGGAUCUAUGGUAUGUUGACAAGUACAUUGAUUCACACAACCAUGAGCUGGCUAGACCCAACGAAACAACAUUUCUCCGUUCACACAGAAAAAUGACAGAGUGGCAGAAAAAUGAAAUUAUAGGUCUCCAGAAGGUUGGCUUGAGAAAACAUCAGAUUAUGGAUGUUAUGGUGCAGGAGAGCAAUGGAGAUCAUGCUGAAGUUGGAUUUGUCCCGAGGGAUCUUUACAACUUUUCAUACUUAAAUAAAUGUGCUAAGAUUAUUGAUGGUGAUGCAAAUGCAGUUCUGCAGAAUACGAGACAAAGACAACUAGAAGAUUGUGAAUUCUUCUUUGACUACCAAACCAAUUCUGAAGGCCGCUUGGUUAAUUUGUUUUGGUGUGAUGGUCAGUCUCGCCUAGAUUACCAAGCAUUUGGGGAUCUUCUCAUUUUUGACAGCACGUAUCGGACAAAUAAGUACACCAUCAACAAUUGGGUCGCAAGUGAAACGUGUAUCAGAAUAGUUGAGACGCAAACACAUGACCACCUAAACCAUGCAGACCAUUAUUACAUUGUUAUCACAGUCAUAAUACAAAAUAUAUGUCUAAGAUUCUUAAUAACCUUUGCAGCACCCAUUUUAUUUUUUGCGUCUAAAACCAUCCGCUUGUCACAUUGCUGUUGA